AAGCAUCAUGAUAUUCGCACAUAAAAAAUAUGACAAAUCUUUACUAUUCUCGCUCGUAAUAUCUCUUAUUUCCAUUAUUCUACUAUCGUGCUCUCUUUACUACACUGGACUACGCUAUGAAUCAAAAAAGCUAAAAGCAUUUCUGACAACCCUAGUUCUGGUAUUUAUCUAUCAAAUUUUCAUCGGUGAUAUUAUUUUCUUCUUCUUAAAAUCAACUUAUAACGCCAUUCGCCUCAAUUCACCGCACAUUGAAGAUACAAGCCCCAAUGCAGUUGGAAGUCCUUACAGAAAAGAACAUUUAUUAAUCAAAAUCAAGGCACUCAACUAUCAACUUCAAUUGGGACCAACGUUUUUCAAAAGAAACCAGGAACUAACACUAAAAUACAAAGACAUUUUAAGUGAUUUGAUUCUGUAUGGAUUUUAUUUAACACUUUUACUUAUUCUUGUCAUUGGAACAAGAGAUCCCUUAAUGUAUUACAAUACUCGAACGGUAAAGGAUGUUUUGAGAAAUCCUAAAUUCGGUCACUUUGGUACACGCAGUAUUUUAACUUCUGAUGAUCUGUAUACAUUUAUAAAUGAAACUAUUGUGAAUGGAUUCCUAGAUGGAAAAUCGUAUAAUGGCGAACGCUUUCCUGAAAGCGGCUGGACAAAUCUUCAAAUAGCGAAACUCCUCGGAGUCGUGAGGCUUCGACAAAUGCGACACAAGCAUCUGAAGGAAAAGUCAAGCUUUGAUAAUAAAAUACAUGGGCCUGGUUGGUUGAAGGCUAAUUCGCUUCCGUUUAAGGAUAAGUUUUGGCGAAUUUUCAAGCCUUGGGAAUAUCAAGACAAAAAGGAAACAGGAGGCUUAGACACAAGUGGAAGACUGCAUAAAAUUACCGGUUCAGGCUAUGUAACACUUUUGGGAAGGAAUCCAGGUAACUGUCAAAGAGUUUUGACAUUUCUUCAAUCAAACAAUUGGAUCGACAGUCAUACUGCAGUUGUUGUCAUCGAGUUUGUUCUGUACAAUGUUGAUGCGAAUGUUUUUACAUUAGUUGCUAUAACUGCCGAGCAAACAGGAUUCGGCUCAUUUGUAGUGAGCGAUCGGAUUGAAUCUCUAAAGCUGCUAUUUAAUAUUGACAAUCUAUCUUCGUCUGUCAUUUUGACUUUUCUUUUGUACUUUUUCAUUUUGACAAGAAUCUUUGCCGAUUUAGUUUCCAAAGUUUGGCAUUCAAAUUCAAUUAUUAAAGACUUCCUCUCCUCGAUUUGGAAUCAUGUUGACAUGACAAUUGUUGGCCUUAACAUUUGUAUUGCUCUAGCCAUAUGGAUACGGGAAGUUUACGUAAAACAUCUUCUCAACAUGCUUGAAACGAGUAGAAAAAAUGAUUACGUUCCAUUCAAUAGAGCUGCAAAUAUCGACGAGACUUGCACUGUACUGGUAGCGUUACUUAUGGCUUUGACAACUUUGAGAUUGUGGAAAAUUCUUCAGUUCGCCAAAGUGUUUCGAGUAUUGACAUCCACCUUAUAUUAUGCAAAGAAGGAACUACUGUCAACGACAUUUUUUGUCACAAUAUUUUUGACUGCAGUCGGACUUGGAAUGUACAUCAUAAAUGGCACUAGUUCACCAAGUUUUGUCCAAUUUAUAACAACUAUCACAACUUUGAUGUCAUUGUCAUUCGGAUUUGGCACAACAAUCCAUACAUCAGAUAUGAAGUAUGGAGGAAGUCUUGUAGGAUUUAUUUUCUAUGCAAUGCUGGUUACUGUUGUGACGCUAUUUCUUGUAAAUAUGUUUAUCACUGUUGUUUGUUUGCAAUUUUCCAAAGAAAGGGAGAAAGAUUUUAUGAAUUCCGAAAAUAGGGAUAAUUAUACCUUUUGGCAAUUUGUUAAAAUGGAGUUUGAGGAAUAUUUUCAAUUAAAAAUGCUGAAGAAAGAAUAUUAUGGCGGACGAAAACUGAGUAAUGUAGAAUUAAAAGCAAGUGAUCAUGUAAGAAGAAUGGAAUUAAUUGCAGACAUUUUGGAGACUCAAAUGAAACUUCUUGAAGAGAGAAUAUUUAUUUAAAAAAAUCCAAAAGACAUUAAUAUAGCUGCAGAAAACCCUUAAAGAGAAGAGG